CCACUGAUGAGGGGCGGUGGCCCCCCAGAGCAGCUCAGCUUUCCGGGUUCUCUGACUCCAUAAAGUAGGGUUCAGACGGGGCCUGUGAAGCUGUCAGCAUGGCUGCCUGUAUUCUCCUGCUCCUUGCCUUGGUGCUCCUGGCCGGCCCAGGCCCGGCCCUCUCCCUUCUGGCUCCUGAGAGCUGCGGCCUCGGCCCUGCCUUCUGGUGCCAGGACCUGGCGACAGCCCAGCUGUGUGCCGCAGAGGAGCUCUGCCAGGGCCUGGCCCAGGAGGGCCCCCAGGGUGACUCGCUGACCCCCCGAGAGGGGCUGGGCGGCAGCUGUUGGGUGUGUAAGAGGAUAAUCCAGAAGCUGGAGAACCUGGUGGGAGAGGAGCCCAGCCAGGAAACCAUUACCCAGGCCGCGUCCCAGGUGUGCAACAAGAUGAAGGGGCUGAAAGGCCUCUGCAAGAAGAUUCUGAAGACGUUUCUGCGUCGCAUCUCCCAGGAUAUCAUGGAAGGCAAAGGCGCCAGGGACGUCUGUGUGGACCUGAAGAUGUGCAGACCCCGGGCAGGUCUCCUCUGAGCCUCCGGGGGCCUCGGACCGUGCCCUCCUGGGGAAGGAAGCGUGGAGGGCUGGCUCCUGUCCUCAGAUCCUGGGCACUCCAUUCACCUCCGCUGGCAUCCCCUCCCUUAGUCCAUAUUUGCCCUCCGCUGUCCUCACCUGGCUCCCUCCACCACCUUCUCCUCGCAGGGAAAUAAAUGUUCGUGCCAGUUGUCAGCUGCAGCCUCUUUUCUUUGGCAGAUCUGAGGCGAGGAGGGUGGGGGCAGGCUGGGACGAGUCACGCAACCAUCAAUAAAUGUUUGUUGAGA